GUCACAUGGUUAGGUCAAACUGCAUUUCAUGUACAACAGCAAGACGCUGAGACCUGUGGACCAGAAUCAGGACAAAAUAGUGCUCAUCCGCGAUGAGUUUCAGAGCCUUCACUCAAUCACUCGUCUACGAGAGCCCUAAUGUCCCUAAAGAGAAGGACAAAUCUGGCAUCCACUGUCUGGAGUGCUACGGCAGGAACAUCUACAUCGGAACCAGGGGCUCGGUGGUCCAACACCUGACCCUACCCAGCAGCUCACGCUUAGAAGCCGACCCGGACAGGACCACCAGAGAGGGAAGGAGGAGGAAACUGGGCUCCGGCGGUCCAGUAUCCCAGCUGCGGGCCGUGCCAGUUCUCAACCACCUCCUGGUGCUGUGGGACCGCUCCCUCAGCGCCUUCAACAUGUUCUCUCUCGACCCAGCCCCCUCACUGAAAAGGAUCCAGCACGUGUCUCUGUUCCAGGUCUGUGAGUCGUCUCUCUCAACCCAGUCCCAGCAUGCGAGUGUGGAGCUGGUGACCGCCUCCAGCAGGAAGCGUGGGAUCCGGAUCCACGUGUUGGGGGUGGACCGGUGGGAGUGUGUGAAGGAGGUGGCCCUGCUCCAGGACCCCGUGGCCCUGGCGGUGGAGGACACUGUCGUGUGUGUGGCCACCGGGAACAGAUACCUCCUCCACGACUACAAGACAGGCAACGGCGUGGAUCUCUUCCCUCACAACCUCAACAAGCAGAAUGUCAUCGUGAGCAAGGCGGGGAGAGGAGAGUUCCUACUGAACGGACCUGACUGUUUGGGCAUGUUUGUUAUGAGCACGGGGGUGUGCCAGCGUCCUCCGCUCCAGUGGCCUGAGGGGGUGUUGGCGGCUGGGGUGUGUUUCCCCUACGUCUUGACCCUCCUGCCCCAGGCCCUCCAUGUCUACAGCCUGGUGGAUCAGCAGCUGAAAGAGACCGUCUGUCUGCUCGGUGCCAAGGGCUUGCUCCCAACCAAAGAUGGGGUGUAUGUGUUCACAGAGAGGGAGGUCAUCUUUUUGUCCAUGGUGCCUCUGGAGGAGCAGAUCCAAACCUUGGCUGGCUGUGAGAGGGUGCAGGAGGCCCUGGCUCUGCUGGGUGGAGUUCAACAACACCUACCCCAGGACUCGUACCAGGAACUGCAUAAGACCAUAACUUGCUUGGCUGGAUUUGUUCACUUUCACCUGGGGGCCUUUACCGAAGCCAAAGAUUUAUUCAUUAAAGGUGAGCUGGACCCCAGAGAAGUAGUUAGACUGUAUCCAGACUUGGAGCCUGUCUGCGGGGCCUUCCACUCACACCUAACUCCACCCAGCCACGCCAGGGAUCUUAAAGCGCUACGGCAAGAGGACAGGGCCACAUUUCAGUUGUACCAGGGCUUCCUGGUGGAGUUUCUCAGUGCCGUCAGGGGGACGGAGCAGGGUGGGAGGAGUGGCGCGGAGGUGGACGGGGCCCUGCUGAGGCUCUACGCUGAGCAGGGAGGCGCGGAGCAGCUGCACCUGCUGGUGUCCUCCUCCGAGGCGUGGGACCUGGACGCCAGCGUGGCCGUCCUCCAGCACCACCAGAGGUCGGAGGGGCUGGAUGGAUAUUUCACCCUGGGAUUGCUCUACUAUAGUCACAGGGACCAUAUGAAUGCAAUCGAGACCUGGGUGAGGAUUGCAGAUGGACACUAUGAGGACACCUCGUGCUCAGACAUCUAUGAGCACAUCGUACAAACUCUCAGCCUCCUGCCUUACAGCGACGUGCUGUGGGCGUUUGCAGACUGGACUCUUCUGAGAAACCAGGAGGUCGGAGUCCGUAUUUUCACCAGAAGAGACCCCGAGGAGACUCAUCUGUCAGUGCAGGAUGAGGUUCUUGUCUGCUUGAAAAAGUACCCUCAGGCGUUGGUUCGCUACCUAGAGUUUCUGGUUCAUGAUUUGAAAAGGGAGGAGGAGAAGCUCCACAGCCUUCUGGCUGUGGCAUAUGUUGCCCAGAUACAGCCGGCUCUCCACAGGAGAGAGGAGGCAGACUCUGGUGUGCGAGAGGCCAGAGAAAAACUGCAACAGUUGCUAUGGCAGUCGUCGCUCUUCGAUAGUGCAGCUGUGCUCGCGAGACUCCAGCCGACAACCCUCCUUCUUGAGAAGGCCAUCGUUGUGGGGAGGGGUGGUGACCACCAACAGGCCCUGGAGAUGCUGGUCCACCAGGGGGGAGAGAUUCAGGACGCGUGGGCCUACUGUCAGAGGGCUGGCCAGGGCCAGACCAGGGAACUCAAGCAGAGCCUGUCCCUCGACUUACUCCAAAUCUACCUGGGUUCCUCUGGUUUCACCAGCGCAGCCGUGGACCUCCUCAAUGCUAACGCUGCGGCCUUCGACCUGGGAAGAGUUCUCCAGGUGCUUCCAGAGUCCUGGUCUCUCCAGCUGGUCUCCCAGUUCCUGCUGGGCUCCCUCAGAGGGACAUCUCACCAGAGGAGGAUGGGGGGAGUACAGAGGGGUCUGGCCCAGGCAGAGCUACUCAGACACAAGUACACUUGGGCCCAGGCCUCAGGAGGGAUGCUGAGAGUGGCCAGGGGUUGUGUGUGCACAGCAUGUAAGAAGGACCUCACAGAGUCAGAGUUUGUGUGUAGUCUCACAGGUGAACUGACUCACACAACCUGCAGUAGCCGCACAAAAUCCUAGACACAGUCCUGAUUGGCUGGUGUGUGUGUUUAUGUUUGUGUAUGUGUCUGUGUCUGCAUGUGUGCGUCUGUCUGUGUUGACAAGUAUAAAGGGUUGUACUAGGGCCCAACACACAAAACAACAAAUCCUGUUUGGACUCCUGGUUAUGUUGACUCUGUAAAUAUCUUCUACUUACCCAGUCAUUAUGCUGGAUUAGCCACUGUCCUGGAGCUCUAAGAACACACUCCAAAUCAGGGAGCAGGGACUAGACGCAUUUCCCAAUUACAAAACGAAUAAAAUAUAAAAAUACACUUUGCCAAUAACUGCAUAGUAUGAGGGCUUUGCACAACAUCCAAACCCUCGUGUUAUGACAAGCAAUGUACAUUUCACUGUGGUUAUGUCAAAACCAUUCCCUUAAAAAAAACAUUGAUAGACAGUACUGGCUGUGCUGUCAACCUGCGGACUCCAGAGAGUCUGGCCAUCCUGCUGCCCAGUCACUCUACUAUGUCCCUGCCCAUUCUAAUCCUUUCCAUUCAUUGUUUAUUUUCAGUUUAUGUUCCAUAUGGGGAUUGAAAUGAGACAGUACACAACCCAAUGUCAUGUAUAAAGGAUCUUAUUCCCCCACUAUCACUGUGUGAAAAAACCUAAUUGGAGACUCGGUUGGAAAUGCAGAUAUGUUAUAAAAAGGUCAUGUAGAAAUUGUCCUAUGUGGAAAAAAAAUGGACUGCUAUUAAAUUCUUACCAGAGCAUGUCCUAUUUGUAACACCGCCGUGUAUUGCAUUUAAUAAUACAUCAGCAAAUUGUAAGAUAUGGAAAUUGUUGUAAAUAAACUUAAAGACAUAUCAUUAAGUCCUAUGGAGGAACACCAGGCUCAAGAUUUAUUUAUCUUUUUUAGUCUCUAUUUAGUCGUUAGGCUAACCAUAAGUGCAACUAUUUCUUUAUGCUGAUACAUUUAGGAAUGCAAGCCAAGGAGACGCCUUGGGCCCAGAAACAGUGACUAGACUUGUGCUUCUGGCUGGUCUGUUUGUUCUGCGUCUCGCACAAGUGUUUUCAGCUGAAAGCAAGGUGCUCCCACCUUGGGCCACAGCCUAUUUCAGCCAUGGUCAUGGUUGUU